AUGUCCAGGCCUGUCCUAAACAAGCUGACCCAGGCUGCUCCACACAAGCCUCCCCAUCCUUCACCACACAAACUUCCCUACACAAGCCUCCCCACCCUUCCCCACACAAGCAUCCCUACACAAGCAUCCCCACCCUUCCCCACACAAGCUUCCCUACACAAGCCUCCCCAUCCUUCCCCACACAAGCUUCCCUACACAAGCCUCCCCAUCCUUCCCCACACAAGCUUCCCUACACAAGCCUCCCCAUCCUUCCCCACACAAGCUUCCCUACACAAGCCUCCCCAUCCUUCCCUACACAAGCCUCCCCAUCCUUCCCUACACAAGCAUCCCCACCCUUCCCCACACAAGCUUCCCUACACAAGCUUCCCCACACAAGCCUCCCCAUCCUUCCCUACACAAGCUUCCCCACACAAGCCUCCCCAUCCUUCCCUACACAAGCUUCCCUACACAAGCCUCCCCAUCCUUCCCCACACAAGCUUCCCUACACAAGCCUCCCCAUCCUUCCCCACACAAGCUUCCCUACACAAGCAUCCCCACCCUUCCCCACACAAGCUUCCCUACACAAGCCUCCCCAUCCUUCCCCACACAAGCUUCCCUACACAAGCCUCCCCAUCCUUCCCUAAACAAGCCUCCCCAUCCUUCCCUACACAAGCUUCCCUACACAAGCCUCCCCAUCCUUCCCUACACAAGCUUCCCUACACAAGCCUCCCCAUCCUUCCCUACACAAGCUUCCCCACACAAGCCUCCCCAUCCUUCCCUACACAAGCUUCCCUACACAAGCCUCCCCAUCCUUCCCCACACAAGCUUCCCUACACAAGCCUCCCCAUCCUUCCCCACACAAGCUUCCCUACACAAGCUCUUCCAUCCUUCCCCACACAAGCCUCCCCAUCCUUCCCUACACAAGCUCUUCCAUCCUUCCCUACACAAGCUCUUCCAUCCUUCCCCACACAUGUUGCCUGUCACUGA